AGCGGGCGCGGGGGCGCGCGCCGGCCUGACGGACCGACGGACGGACUGACUGACCGAGCAGCCCCGGCGAGCGCGCAGCUCGGACCCGCCCGGACGCAGCGCCCGCCCGGCGGCGGCGGCGAUCACCGGCGCCGGCCCGGCGGCCGCGGCGCCCGCCCUCGCCCGCGCCCCAUGGGGUCACAGAGUCUGUAAAAGAGGUGAUACCAGGGCUUCCAAAUGAACAACCGAAAGGAAGAUAUGGAAAUCGCGUCCCACUACCGGCACCUGCUGCGGGAGCUCAACGAGCAGAGGCAGCACGGUGUCCUGUGCGACGUCUGUGUGGUCGUGGAGGGCAAGGUCUUCAAGGCACACAAGAACGUCCUGCUGGGCAGCAGCCGCUACUUCAAGACACUCUACUGCCAGGUGCAGAAGACGUCGGAGCAGGCCACGGUCACGCACCUGGACAUCGUCACGGCCCAGGGCUUCAAGGCCAUCAUUGACUUCAUGUACUCCGCACACCUGGCGCUCACCAGCAGGAACGUCAUCGAGGUGAUGUCAGCCGCCAGCUUCCUGCAGAUGACGGACAUCGUGCAAGCGUGCCACGACUUCAUCAAGGCUGCGCUGGACAUCAGCAUCAAGUCGGAUGCCUCAGACGAGCUUGCGGAGUUUGAGAUCGGCGCGUCGUCCAGCAGCAGCACGGAAGCUCUCAUUUCGGCGGUGAUGGCCGGGAGGAGCAUCUCCCCAUGGCUGGCACGGCGAACGAGUCCUGCCAAUUCUUCUGGAGACUCAGCCAUCGCCAGCUGUCAUGACGGAGGGAGCAGCUACGGCAAAGAGGAUCAGGAGCCCAAGGCUGAUGGCCCCGAUGACGUUUCUUCACAGUCUCUGUGGCCUGGAGACGUGGGCUACGGGCCUCUGCGCAUCAAGGAAGAACAGGUUUCACCGUCUCAGUACGGAGGGAGUGAGCUGCCUUCUGCCAAGGACGGGGCAGUGCAGAACUCCUUCUCGGAGCAGAGUGCUGUCGACGCCUGGCAGUCCACGGGCCGAAGGAAGAAUCGGAAAAACAAACAGACCGUCCGGCACAUCACACAGCAGGUGGAAGAUGACAGCCGGGCCAGCUCCCCGGUGCCGUCCUUCCUGCCGACGUCGGGGUGGCCGUUCAGCAGCCGAGACUCAAAUGCGGACCUGUCCGUCACGGAAGCCAGCAGCUCUGACAGCCGAGGAGAGAGGGCCGAGCUCUAUGCACAGGUCGAGGAGGGUCUCCUGGGAGGAGAAGCCAGUUAUCUGGGCCCUCCCCUCACCCCGGAGAAGGACGACGCCCUGCACCAGGCCACCGCAGUGGCCAACCUGCGCGCGGCACUCAUGAGUAAGAACAGCCUGCUGUCGCUCAAGGCCGACGUGCUGGGGGAUGACGGUUCCCUGCUGUUCGAGUACCUGCCCAGAGGGGCCCACUCGCUGUCCCUGAAUGAGUUCACGGUGAUCAGGAAGAAGUUCAAGUGCCCGUACUGCAGCUUCUCGGCCAUGCACCAGUGCAUCCUCAAGCGCCACAUGCGCUCGCACACGGGAGAGCGUCCCUACCCCUGCGAGAUCUGCGGGAAGAAGUUCACGCGGCGCGAGCACAUGAAGCGGCACACACUGGUCCACAGCAAGGACAAGAAGUACGUAUGCAAGGUGUGCAGCCGUGUCUUCAUGUCUGCCGCCAGCGUGGGCAUCAGGCAUGGCUCCCGGCGCCACGGUGUGUGUGCCGACUGUGCUGGCCGCGGCAUGGCCGGGCCCCUGGACCACGGCGGCGGAGGCGGCGAGGGCUCUCCAGAGGCGCUGUUCCCAGGUGAUGGGCCCUAUCUGGAGGACCCUGAUGACCCACGAGGGGAGGCAGAGGAGCUGGGCGAGGACGACGAGGGCCUGGCCCCCGAGGAUGCGCUGUUGGCGGACGACAAGGAGGAGGAAGACUCCCCGCGGCCGCGCAGCCCCCCAGGGGGCCCCGACAAGGACUUUGCCUGGCUCUCCUAGACCCACCCACCGGCAGGGUUGGUGGCUGCCUCGCUUCGUCCACCUGUGUGUGUGUCCGAUGGGUCUCCACUGCAGGGCCAGGGCCACGCUCACCCCUCUCGCGGCCCCUCCUCUGCUUCCCCCUGAACCCACCCCCCACGGAAACCAGCCCUGUGGGCCAAGAAGCAGGUGAGACCCCAGCAAGAGGGGUGCUCUGGGACCAGACAUGAAGUGAGUUGGGGGAGGUCACAGGGUGUGUUUGAGUGAGGGGAGAGCACGGUCCUAAGUCCCCAGCAGGUGGUGCGGGUGUGUGAGUGGCCCCUGUGACAGCCAGCCUGGCUUGGACAUGUGACGGCCCUGUGGCCGGGUCCAGUGGGCACUGGGCGGGGUGGUAUGUUUGGCCCAGAGGCCCUUGGCCUGAGCAGGUGCAGAGUUUUGCAGACACCCAGUCAGCCCGGCUGGAGCCCACCCUCCCCUCCCCUAGCAGCCAGGUCACUGCCUGUGGCUGCAGCCGUGGCCCGUGGCAGCCUGUAGAAUCCAGGUGCAGUGCACAGAGAGCCCUGCCACCCUCUUACCUCUGGGCUUUGGUGCUUAACACACAACACAGCUGCAGAACCCUGCUGCAGGCCGAGGGCUCCAGGUGCUAUCUUAGGUGGACACAGCCCUGUGGGCUCCUUCCAGGAGGGGCCCCUCAGCCCUGUGCCCCCCCAACUUCAGGCUACACCAGGUUCCCUCUGCAAGGGCCUUCGCUCAGUCACGUGCACUUCCUUGGAGAGCCUUGGGCUGCUGUGUCCACCCUGGGCUCUGCCCGUCCUGUUCUGCCCAUGGCCCAGCCCGGCUGCUCCUGCUGACCCCUCCUGGACGGGCUGGAGCUGGGCUCCUGCCUUUGCUGCUAACACUGGAGGCGGUGUUCCUAACUGCAGUGUGCUGCUUACACCUCCCCGCGUGGGUAACCAAAUUUUUAAGUAGUCAGAGACAUAUCCAGGUAGUUACAUAAAAUUAUUUUGUUUGGCAUUAUUUUUCUCACUUGAUGAAACUAUAUAGGGUUGUUUUUCCUUUAGCUUGUGGUCAAGUCCUCUUGCUGUGUUUUCAAACGCGCUCACAUGUUCUUUCUUUUCCUGAGUGAAAAGCAAACGUCCCACGGUAUGCGCCGUGGUGCACUGCCUGGCUUUGGGGGUCCUGGAGGCAGACUGCCCAGACUCACAGCCUCAGGACAGUUGCUGCAUCCUGUCUUCUCAUUCAGGCUGCCUCUGACAGCCCUCAUCACUAGGACAUUCCAUCCCUCACCCCCCCUCCUCUGGCACAGGCCACCACUGCGGUGAUGUGCCUUCGGAUGGGAGGUGGGCGCGGUGGCCUCCUCCUUCCCUCCAGGACCUGCCCGUGUGAAGACCCCCUGGAGUGCUGAGCUUCAGGGCUGCGUGGAAAGAGGUUUUACUCUCUCUUUUUCUAGCCUGUAUACCAGGCUUUUACCCGCAUUGUCAGGUAAAGCACCAGCUUCCCUGACCACUGCUGCUCGGGGAGGGCUGGGCUGGCCGGGGGUCCUGUGGAGGAGUGCAUGGAGGACUCCAGGUACAGCGCAGGAGUCACGGCUUUUUUUUUUUUUGACAUAGGCCCCCAGUUCUACCAAUGACAGGGCGCCCUGGCUGGAGCUGUCAUCACACACACGCCUCAGUUCAGAGGCUGUGGCUCCUCAAAGCUGGAGAAAGAGGCCAAGAUUUUUCUGCACACGGAGUGUGGUGAUAGGACCAGGGCAAGCGCUGGCCCCUCAGCGGUGAGCCCUGCCCACUCAUACCGAGCAAGGGGGGCAGCUCUGGCACGAGUCCCCCAGAGGACAGCACGGCCACACGGAGCUCCAGCGGAGCCCUCCGCCCUCACCCCAGGCCAACCCCGUCCCGGCCUCUUUGAGAAUUCUCAGAACUUUGUACCUUUCCCCUGAUUUUUAAACCCCUUUUCUAAACAGAGUGACUUUCUUAUAAAAUGCAUUUGGAAACCAGACCUUUGCUACCCACAAAUGUCUCUAGGUUUUGUACCAGUCCCCAGCUCUCAGGCCACCCUGCCCAGGACCCGGGCCCGCCUCCCCCUCCACACUCAGGAUGUCCUGCUCCAUCUGGCCGGCUCCCUCCGUGCGGCCUUUGCUGACCGUUUCGGGUUCCCUGUCGGAGCUACAGGGGCGUUUUCUUUCCUAAAACCAACACCGUCCCACUGACCUCCCCAAGUGUUUGCUGCGCGGCAGAUUUCUUGUUCUUGUUUGCAGUUUGCCGACUGAAGAGUGGGAUUUCCGAGGCCCAGGUGCACACGUCCAUCUCUCAGGAGGCGUGGAGGGAAAAGACAUGUCAUGAAGGGUUUUUUUUACGUGACUGAUUUUUUUUUAAAUCAAUGUUCAAACUAAUAAAUAUUUUUUUAUGAAGAGGAAAAAAUGUGUAGAUUACAUUUCACAUUUUGUAUUUUUGUUUGUGUGUUUGUAUUUUGGUGUUUGCAACACCAAAGUGGGAAAUACAGUCCAUUGGGGGUGGUGUUAUCUGGGGGUGGGGAGGGGGGCAGGGACACCAUGAUUUUUCUAUCAAGCUCGGGAUCCUGACCAGGCUGUACAUUGGGGCUCUCUGGGCUUUGGGAAACAGGACACUGCCAGGGCUACGUAGGGACCUGACUCAGAAGACGCAGCUUACUGCUUCCAACUUUGCACAUCUUCCUCUUUAAAAAAACUGAGAAAAUGCAAAAACUGGAACUUUUUGCAAUAUUAUAAAAGAUAAUCUUAUUUUAGCUCAUUCUGUGACAUGUGCAACUCUUAUGAAAGCCAUACUUAAUGGUGGUGGUUUUUAUUUUUCAGAUCUUAUAUUGUGUUUUGUAUGCAGCCCUUUUAGAACUGCUUGUAGUGAGGGUGCUGUGUGUGCUUUUCUUAAAUAUUUAUUUUUUCAACAUGCUUUCAACCUGUCAACAAAAACAGACAAAAAAAGGCAGUGUUUGAAGAUUGUUGAUUUUUUCCGGGGAUAAUCUAUAUUAUAUUGACUUUCUAUUACUUGUUAUAAACCUGUGUUUGUUUUGGAGAUGUGUCUACUAUUGGGGGAAGAGGUUCUCAUAAUUGCUCGGUGGGAAAUCAUGGCUCUGCCGUCCUGCCUCUCUGUGGCCGUGGGUUCUUGUGGCCUCUGCGGUGAGUCUCGAAGUUUCUGCCUAGGCGCCUGUGCGUUUCCUUUCUGUGACGGGAUUAGCUUAGACAUCCUUGCAAAGCGAUCACUUUCAAUAAAUUGGGGAAUUGCUGCUCCAA